AUGUCACACGCUACAGACUCCACAUUAGAUAACGCAAGUGUUGAUUCAGAAAAAGUUAGAGAUUUCGGUGACGACUUACAAAACCACCCAGUCCAACCAACAAGAAGCAUCCUCAGCAAGAUCCGCUCAAGAGAUGACGACGCUAGAAGCUUGGUGUCCAACAACAAAGGGGUAGAGAGAAUCAUCUCAGACUUACAAGAAGGCGCAGGUCAAUUAGGACCAUUAGAACAGCCAUACGAUAUAAAAAAGAUCGAAACCCAUCCAGACCCCCACACUGACUACAAUGAAGCCGACCCUUGGAAGUACCCAAUCGACCUGGAAUCUGGUUUACGUUUGGUUGAAUGGGUCGAUGGCGACAAACACAACCCAAAAAACAUCUCCAAAGCUAAAAAAUGGUUAUACACCUUGGUCUUGGGUGCAGUUUGUUUUGUUGUGGCCUUGGGGUCAGCAAUCGUUACUGGGGAUAUGGAACGUCCAGCAGAGUACUUUGGUGUUUCGGAAGAAGUGAUAAUCUUGGCUUCAGUAACAGUAUUUGUCAUUGGUUUUGGUGUUGGGCCGUUGGUGUUUGCCCCCAUGUCAGAAGAAGUUGGUAGAAAGCCUAUUUAUGUGGUCACCUUAUUUAUUGCAGUGGUAUUUAUCGUUCCUUGUGGCGCCGCUAAAAACAUCGCCACAUUAAUUGUUUGUCGUUUGAUCGAUGGUAUUGCAUUUAGUGCACCAAUGACAUUGAUUGGUGGGUCGUUAGCCGAUAUCUGGGAAGGUCCUGAAAGAGGUACGGCCAUGGCCAUUUUUUCUGCUGCUCCGUUUUUAGGGCCAGUAUGUGGACCAAUUUUUGGUGGUUUGUUAUGUGACCACGCUCCAACUUGGAGAUGGAUAUACUGGACAUUCUUAAUUGUUGCUGGUGUAUUUUAUGCUAUAUUUAUUGCCAUAGUCCCAGAAACCCACCACGGAAUAUUGUUGAAGAAACGUGCCAAAAAGUUGAGAAAAGAGACAGGAGACUCCCGCUACAGAUCAUUCAACGAAUUGCAGAUCAGAUCAUUUGGAGAAGUCGCCAAAACCUCCCUUUUACGUCCCUUUGUCUUGCUCAGCGAGCUCAUCGUCUUCCUCAUGACAAUAUACAUGGCCAUCUGCUACGGUUUGCUUUACAUGUUCUUCUUUGCCUACCCAGUGGUCUACCAACAAGGUAAAGGAUGGUCAGCCUCCUUGACUGGUGUCAUGUUUAUUCCCAUUGGUGUUGGUGUGAUUAUCGCUACUAUUGCCGCUCCUUUCUUUAACAAAGACUACAACAGACGUGCCCAGGUCUACAGAGAUAGAGGAGAGUUGCCACCACCAGAACUCAGAUUAAUCCCCAUGAUGAUUGCAUGCUGGUUUGUUCCUGUUGGUCUUUUUGCAUUUGCCUGGUCUUCAUACACUUGGGUAUCCUGGGCCGGUCCAUGCUUCUCAGGAUUGGCUGCAGGUUUUGGCUUUUGCUGUUUGUACAACCCGGCCAACAACUAUAUCGUCGACUCCUACCAACACUAUGCUGCAUCUGCAUUAGCUGCCAAAACAUUUGUCAGAUCCAUUUGGGGUGCGUGUGUGCCCCUCUUCACUAUCCAAAUGUACCACAGAUUAGGCGACCAGUGGGCCACCUCCCUCAUGGCCUUCAUCUCCUUAGCAUGCUGUGCCAUCCCAUAUUUAUUCUUCUUUUUCGGGGCAAGAGUCAGAACAUUCUCUAGAUACGCCUAUACCCCGGAAACUAAUACCAAAUAG